UUGCCUGUCUAAAACCUUAUUCCAGAACCCUCCCAAAACCUUCAUAAAUUUCUCCCCGUUAAUCUUUUUUCCAUGGAAUUGGCUUGUUCAAGUUUUCAAGCUUUUUCCAUUUUUCCAGUGAGUUCAAAAUAUUCUAAUGCUUCAAGUUAUGGAUCUUCUUUAGCUUUAUUUUCUUCCGGUAAAAGUUCAAAUUCAUAUCGGAUUCGUUGUUCUUCUUCAAACUUAUCAAGUUUUCCUGCAUUGGGUGUUAAUCAGGUGAGAUGGAGGCGGCAGUUUUCUCUUGCUGCUUCUGUUGGUGAUAAAACUGUGGUGUCAGAUAAUUGUGAUGAAAAGAAGGUUUCAGGCCCGGAUUCUUCCGAGUCCUUGCCUAUCAGUGAAGAGGUCACCAGAGAUGGGGAAAGUGAGAGUGAUAAAAUUAGUGUUGAGGGGUCGGAUGUCAAUAAAAUGAUCAGAGUUUGUGACAAGUUAAUUGAGGUUUUCUUGGUUGACAAGCCCACACCAAUGGAUUGGAGAAGAUUAAUUGCUUUUAGUAAGGUAUGGAACAACAUCCGGCUUCAUUUCUUUCAACGUUGUCAGGAUCGAGCUUACAUUGAAGGUGAUCCUGGAAUGAAGCAUAAGCUUCUUCGACUUGGAAGGAAAUUGAAAGAGAUUGAUGAAGAUAUGCAAAGACACAAUGAACUUCUUGAAGUGAUAAAGUCUGCUCCAUCGGAGAUUAAUGAAAUUGUUGCUAGACGUCGUAAAGAUUUUACGAAAGAAUUCUUUGUGCAUAUCCAUACUGUAGCAGAAUCAUAUUAUGACAAUCCAACUGAACAAAAUGCUCUGGCAAAGCUUGGGAAUACUUGCUUGGCUGCUGUACAAGCUUAUGAUACUACAGCUGAAAACAUUGAGGCAAUCAAUGCAGCAGAGUUGAAGUUCCACGAUAUUAUCAAUUCCCCUUCUCUAGAUGUUGCUUGCCGAAAGAUUGAUAGUUUGGCUGAGAAAAAUCAACUUGAUUCAGCAUUAGUGCUAAUGAUCACUAAAGCUUGGUCAGCUGCCAAUGAAUCUAACAUGACAAAAGAUGAGGUAAAAGACAUAUUGUACCACUUGUAUAUGACUGCUAGAGGUAACCUACAGCGGCUUCUACCGAAAGAGAUUAGGAUUGUAAAGUAUCUUCUUACAAUUGAGGAUCCUGAGGAGCGACUGUGUGCACUGAAUGAUGCGUUUACACCUGGAGAAGAACUUGAAGAGAAGGACGUGGACAACCUUUACACAACUCCGGAGAAGCUGCAUACCAUGAUGAGAGCGGUGGUGGAUGCUUAUAAUUUCAGCCAAGAAGGCACUCUCUUAAGGGAAGCUAGAGAUUUGAUGAAUCCAAAGAUAAUCCAAAAGUUGGAGGAGUUGAUAAAGAUCGUGGAGAAAAAUUCAUGUGACAUCGAGUUAAGUCGUACUUUCAAUAGCUUUACAUAUAUUUCUUUGUCCUGAAAUGAUUAUCUUUAAUGCCUGACUUGCUUGAUAAUCUAAAUACAUGAGUGAUAGCUCUGAAUUUUGGGUUAACUUUUCUGCAAGAUAGAAUGAAUUAGAUCAAAUAGUUCAU